ACGAGAGUAGAAAAAGCCGAUUGACGCGCAAUUUUGAGGAUAGUGUUCACAGUCUUCAGUCAAGAUGAAGUCGUUCCUCUGCCUGCUGGCCAUCGUUGCCUUCACUGAGGCUUUUUCGGUUCCAGUGCCCGUGGCGCCCAUCUCAGAUGGCGUUUCAGGAGUGGUGCCUGGAAAGGAAAGCAGGGUUCUCGGUGGGUCCGUUGCCAACACCAACGAGUUUCCUCACAUGGUCGCAAUCUUUUCGAGCAACGCUUCUGGAGGCAACACUGGCUUCUGCGGCGGAUCUCUCAUCUCCAAUAACCGCGUGAUAACUGCAGGCCACUGCAUCUACAAGUACGACACCCAUUACGUUGUCCUUGGAACCCUCCAGGCGCAGAACAGCAACAGCCAGGGGUACACGGAGAUCAGGGUUUCCCAAGCGAUCGUGCACCCACUUUUUGAUAUUUCAAAGUUGGACUAUGAUCUGGCCAUGCUGGUUUUGGAACGCGCGAUCACUCCCUCCCUCAACAUCAAUCCCAUGUUGCUGCCCCGCAGAACUUUCAACACCGAUCUUAUUGGCAAGACAGCCACUCUCAGUGGAUGGGGAAAAAUUAAUGACGACCCCAGUGGCUCGCUGAACUCUAAUUUGCUGAAAGUUACCGUGCCGAUUGUCAACAACCAAGAUUGUUUCGACGCUUACGGCGCUGUUUAUGUGAAUGAGAGGAAAGUUUGCGUUUCUACCAAUGGAGGACUCAUUGGUGCUUGCUAUGGCGAUUCCGGCAGCCCUUUGAUUUACUACGACGCUGUGAAUGGAGAAACUGUCCAAGUGGGAACCAUGUCUUUCGGCGCCGCCCAAGGCUGCACCGCCGGCUUCCCGACCAUGUACACCAGAAUCACCUCCUACACGCAGUGGAUCGCUGACAACGGAGGCCCCCCUGUCAGAGGCUAAAUCUUAUCACCGCUCUUAUACAUGCUGAUAUAAUCUUUUUCUCAUCAAAUCAUUAUAAAAACUCUGGUUUCGUAUGCGAAAUUGGAGGCAAAAUUAAAUAAAAAGAUGCAUUACUGCUAAA